AUGAGUGGAAGAUUCGUCCGAUCAUCGAAGUACCGACAUGUCUACGGACAGUCGACCAAGAAGGAGCUUUGCUACGACAAUGUGCGAGUGAGCAACAACGCUUGGGACUCUAACCUGCUCAAGGUCAACCCCGAGUACAUCUCUCUUAACUGGGAGGCUUCUGGAGGAGGAGCUUUUGCCGUCAUCCCCCUCUCCCACAAGGGUAAGCUGCCCGAUCAGAUUCCUCUCUUCCGAGGUCACACCUCUGCUGUUCUCGACACAGACUUCAACCCUUUCAACGACCAGGUGAUUGCCUCUGCCUCUGACGACGGCAAGAUCGGUCUGUGGAAGGUUCCCGAUGACUACCGAAUCGUCUACGAGCCUGAGGAGGAGAUUGAGGACGUUGCUCCCGUCGCCAAGCUCUCUGGCCACCAGCGAAAGGUCGGACACGUCAAGUUCCACCCCACCGCCAACAACGUGCUGGCCUCCUCUUCGGCUGACUACACUGUCAAGCUGUGGGACGUUGAGGCCCAGAAGGCCCACCAGUCUCUGGCCCACAAGGACAUUAUCACCUCCUUUGACUACAACCAGGACGGUACUCUGCUCGUCACCACUUCUCGAGACAAGCAGAUUCGAGUUUGGGAUCUCCGAACCGGCGAGAUUGUCAGCUCCGGCCCCGGCCACACCGGUGCCAAGAACUCGCGAGUUGUCUGGCUUGACUCUGACCGAAUCGCUACCACUGGUUUCUCCAAGCUUUCCGACCGACAGCUGGCUCUGUGGAACGCCUCCGACAUCGCUGCCGGACCCAUUGGCGGCUUCCGAUACCUAGACUCGUCCUCCGGUAUCUGCAUGCCCUUCUUCGACCACGACACCAAGACCCUGUUCCUGGCCGGCAAGGGAGAUGGAAACAUCCGAUACUACGAGUACGGCAACGACGACUUCUUCGAGCUGUCCGAGUACCAGAGCACAGACCCCCAACGAGGCAUUGCCUUCAUGCCCAAGCGGGCUCUCAACAUCAAGGGCAACGAGAUUGUGCGAGCCUACAAGACUGUCAAGGACUCCUACAUUGAGCCCGUUGGCUUCUACGUGCCCCGACGAGCCGAGACCUUCCAGUCUGACAUCUACCCCGACUGUUACGCCGGUGUUCCUUCCGUCGAGGCUGAGGAGUUCUUCGAGGGCAAGUCUGCUCGACCCUACGUUGUCGACGUUGAGAUUCUCUACGAGGACAAGCCCAUCACCAAGGACAAUGUUCAUGAGGCUGCCGAGGACAAGACGGAGCUCAAGAAGCCCGAGCCUACUCCCACUGCUUCCCCCGCCCUUGGUUCCAAGGCCUCCGAGCCCGUUUCCAAGUCUGCGGAGCCCAAGGAGGAGAAGCCUGAUCUGCAGUCUAAGGGCUCUUUCGGCACUUCCUCUUCUGCCUUUUCUGGCGACAAGGUCAACUCCAUGUUGGCCAAGGCCUCUGAGGAGGAGGAGCCCCGAAAGAAGGAGGACGAGAACAAUGACGAGUGGGAGAACUCCGGUCUGCUGGCCACCCGAAACCGUCUCGCAAAGACCGGCAAGAUCGAGCUCGUCCACCAGGCUGCUUCUGGCGGUAAGACUCUGACCGAGAAGGAGAUUGGCGCCAUGGUCAAGAGCGGCAAGAUCAGCUCUUCCGAGGGUGCCAAGGCCGUCGAGAAGGUCCGGGAGGAAGAGGCUAAGGAGGCCAAGGAGGCCGAGGACAAGAAGUCCGAGCCUGUCGAGGAGAAGAAGCCUGAGCCCGUUGAGGAGAAGAAGCCUGAGCCCGUUGAGGAGAAGAAGCCCGAGCCUGUCGAGGAGAAGAAGCCCGAGCCUGUCGAGGAGAAGAAGCCCGAGCCUGUCGAGGAGAAGUCCACUGAGAACGGAAAGGACGAGUCUGAGAUCAACCCUCUCCCUCUGCUCAAGGAGGAGUCUCUCCCUCAGACUGACUCUGCCACCACUGCUGCUGCCUCUUCCGGUGACUCUGACAAGCGAAUCUCUUCCCUGGAGGAGCUGGUGCAGUCUCUGGUUUCCCAGGUCAAGAGCCAGCAGGAGACCAUCCAGCAGCUCAGCAAGAAGCUGGAUGCCUGCACCGACUGUUGUGCCACCGACGCCGCUCCUUCCAAGAACGAGUGUGCCAACCGACCCGAGGGCGCCGAGCAGUGCGACAACUGUGAUUGCUAA